AAAAUUGUACUUAAGUACAGUGUUUGAGUUAAUGUACUUAGUUACAUUCCACCACUGUUCACUGGUGUAUAAGAUGUUUUACUGGAUUAUAAAAGGUUUUACUGGUUGAUAAGGGGUUUCACUGGUGUGUAAGAGGGUCUACUCCUUCAUAAGAGGUUUUACUGGUCUUUAAAAUAUUUCAGUGGUAUCUAAGAGCUUUCACUGGUUUGCACAGGAAGUGGGUUCACGUGGUUUAUAAAAGGUUUCAGUGGAUUUCACUUAGAGGUUUCACAUGAUUUAUAAGAGGUUGUCUUGCACUUUACAGAGAGGUCUUGCUGUUAUUUAGCUUACCCUCAUUUAUAUGAAUUGGAUGGACACAAUAACAGAAAAACCUGUCAGCAUAAUGCAAUACUGUUAAACAGCACCGCAAAAUAUAUCCUUGAAAAUGAUCACACAGUGGAGCCAGCACCUCUCUAAAAACAACACAAACAUUAAAACCUCCAUGAAGGGAUGAUUGCAGGACUGCUGCAUUAGUUUUAGCGAGAUGGACCUAAUAGGAUCAACUGGGAACUGGGUGCGUUUCCAGCGGAUGUAAAAAAAAAAAAGAAAAAGAAAGAAAGAAAGUAUUUUACUUUGAAACUGAUGAGCGGAAGUCUUCAUUGUGGUGUCUGGCUUCACUCCGGACCUCCAGCCUGGUUUUCCAUGAAGAGCCGCUUUCGCAACAGAAGUGAGCGGCACCGGCGAGUCCCCGGCCCGGCAUCUGUCACAUGGCCCAAUGCGGGUGCAGAAAGGGGGCAGUUUGCCGGUCACAUACGUGACACCGAUGCACAAGGUUUAUGCUGAAAGUUGCCUCACUAAUUACGAAAAAGAGGAACACAAAUCCCGGGACAAAGGAUAACGUUAGCUAGCCGUGUGACCGGCGCCCGCAGGGCACUUUCGCUUCUCCGUUAAGUUUUCUCGGAUGUCUGUUCCUUAAAACGCCGCUUGUUUACGCGGCUGUCGUUGCUGAAAGGAAGCGGAUAGGAUUUACGUUUUAAUUUGGUACAGCUGCAAUAUCUGCCGCUUCGUGACUGUAGACGACUGCGCAACAAGUUUGUAAACUCUCCAAACACUGUUGUUGUAGUAUCGUCCCGUGUAAACAGCUGACUCACCGACGGGAGGCCGGGCGGCGCCGGGACGCUGUGGUGUUUGUCCGCAGCUGAAGAGAUCAAAGCGCCGGGAUCGACGCCGAGAAACCUCCAUGGGUUGAUCCCUCGCAGUCUGAAGAUGAUCGGGUCACCGGACCUGCUGGCCUUUACCGGCACUGAGGGGUUCGGGGAAGCAGAAGGAGAGGACCAGGAGGCUCGGGGUGUACCUGAAGAGUUUUCUGUCCCCCUUUCACCUCCGUCCCACCCUUGGACCACCUCCGCCCAGUUUAACAGAGACUUCAUACUGGUGGCUGAAUUCUCAGAGCAGGUGGGACCCAAGCCUGUGCUGACGAUACCGGAUGACCCCAAAAUCACUGGAUCAUUUGACCUCAACCAUUUCUCUGUUCGCAUCAUGUCUGUGGACUACCAGGCGUCCGGCCCCGGCAACGCCCCUCCUGCGUCCCCCGGCCCCCGCCUCAACUUCAGUGAAGACUCCAAAGUGGUUCUUGGAGAUUCAGCAGAGGACGCGUUUGCAUACGUUCACCACAUGACCCUGUAUGACCUGGAGGCUCGGGGUAUGGUGCGCCCUUUCUGCAUGGCAUACGUGUGUUCAGACCAGGCGAAGCUGAUGGAGAACUUCUCUGAACUGUCAACGAGCUUCUCUCAGGCCUCUGACAGCCUCAAGACGGGAAACAGACAAGCAUUUUCUAUGGAGCUGCAGAGAAAAUUACAAGAGCUCGAGUACACACGGCUGACUCUGCUACAGGAGACUGAACUUCCGAGGAUGGCAAAUGGUUUCACAGUGGUGGGAGAAAAAGCAGAUGAGCUUGAAGCUGUAGAGCGUUCAAUCUUAAAUCAUAGAGACCUCCUCCGCCAGGUCACUUCCUACCCAAACAGGAAGCUGAAGCAGCCUGACUUUCUGCCCUACGACCCAGCUGACUCUCUCACUGAUCCGACUGCAUUACUGCCUCCUGAGCCCUGUCCCUCCCUCUCCACCUCCACCUCCAUCUCCUGCAGGUCUGAGCACCGUCUGAAGCCUCUGCAGGAGCUUUGCAAUGCCUACUUCCUGUCACUGAUGAAGGAGCAGCUCGCUGACACAGAGCGCCGCCUGCGUGGCGACCGGAGUGUACUGCGAACUGCUCGUGUCACACAUUCAUUGUCCAGGAGGCUCACACUCAUCAACUUCCUGUUUGAGCUGUGGAGCCCAGAGGAUGGAGAUGAAGAGGAGAAAGAGAGCGCUGAGGCAGAGCUACAGAGGGCAAGAAGGAGUAAGAGCGGUGUCGAGGUGUUUCAAUCAGGACCAAUGAGCCUGGAAUCAUUCUACUCCUGUGUGGAGGAGAUCUCGAUCAAAAUGGAGGCAGGAGAAGCUGGGACAGUGACCCCUGACCGUGAUGUUGCCACGGAGAUGACAGGAAGUGUGAGCAGCGGGGACAGCAUCGAAGUGCUCGGGACUGAGAAAUCUUAUCGGACGCAGCAUGCCGUUGCUGGAUCGGACAGCAGAGAAACACCAGUUGGGAUGACGGACACCUCUUACAGGCGAGCUACAGUCGAUACAGGCGUCAGGCAUGUGCGAUCGUACGCCAGACGAGCCAACAGUGAGGACAGCAUCGAGGUACUGAGUACCACCGAGUCAAUCUUUCCUGACGACCUCACCGCCAUCACAGAGGAAGAAGCAGAGCACCAACCUCUGAGUAACGGCUUUGAGAAUGAGGAAGAGAUACUCACAGAGUGUAAAUCCGACAACGUCUUCAAAGAGAAGAAGACGAUGAAUGCAACUAUUUUAGUAAAUGAGGAUGAAAAUGAAGGGCCUGUUCAGGAAGAUGACGGUGGUGUUGACAGAGAAGAGUCCUUAAAGCAAGUAACUGCUAGUGGUGAGGUUAUAAUAAAAGAGGAGCAGGUCAUUGAGUGUGUGAAGAGCAAUCAAGUCCAUGAAAACAACAGUCCUGAGAAGAGGUCCAAACUACUGCAAGCAGCAGAGUCGAUGCCUCAGAUGUUUGAAGUCCAUCAGGCGGUGCCUGACCGUCAUGUGAAUUUCACCUCGCCUGUUGCCCUGGCAGAGGUUGACCAGUGGUCUCCGCCCUGCGCUCCUCUCAGGCUGCUGAGCGUCGACGAGGCGUCUGACUGCACCAGCUUCACCGGCUCCACAGACCCGCCCUCUCCCACCAAAAAUAUCCACAGCAACACCUGCUCAGAUAAGAAGAAGAGGAGAAGGAAGGCUGGACAAAGAGCCUUCAGGUUCCUCAAGCAGAACUCGUUCUCCCAGCAUGCCGUGUUUUGUCUCCUGAGUGGCCGGCCGCUGGUUGUCAUCGGAGGGGAUGAGAAUUUGGUCAGAAAACUGGUGGAUGCUCUGAGACUCUUCCUGCCUGCUCCUGGUCCUGAUGGAAAUGCUGUGAUGCUGAGUUUGACUGCGCCGCUUCAACUGACUGACCUGCUCACCUGGAGACUGAUAGGGAUACACAGAUCACCCUCCAGCUCUUCAUCCAGCAUUCUCCACUCUCUGACUCGCUACAGUCGUUAUUUGGCCCUGUUGGACCUGGACCAGAGGACGCUGCACUGUCCGUCAUACUCCGGCUCUCUCAUCAGAAGACUGGCUGACCCUCACACUGGCAUCAGCCGAGGCCGCACCUACCUGCUGCACCUGGAGAGCUGCCUGACCACACUGGCCAACAAGGCUCUGCUGUACACAUUUAAUCCUGCUUUACAACGUCCAAACACUGCUGGAGGGAGCGAUGGUACAGAAGAAGACUUCCUGUUCAGGCGAGGAUUCUGCAGCAGUGAGAACGAUUUGAGAGUGAUGCAUUUCCUGUCUGACCUCAUCAAACAGCGCCACGCAGGACGUGGACCACCGGUUUUAAGAUUCUCUUACUGCUCAAUGCACCUGCACAGAAAUACAUAUGCAACAUAAAACACUGGAUGAACAAAACAAAUGACUAGUCAUGAAGAAAGUUUAUUCUAAUACCUACAGGCAAAUGCACUGAUUUCUCUACAAUUUUGAUAGAUGCAGAGUUAUGUAAUCUACCACUGUGAACAUGUUAAGACACAAGAAUCACGCUUAUGUUUUUAUCUGCAGUGUUAUGUUAGUGUAUGCAUGAUUUUUACUCCCUGAUGCUUUGGGUCAUGUAUCUCUUGAUUACUGGACACAAAUGCACUAGUGCGUCACUGGCACCGAAGGCUUUUACAUGCUGGUACAGGACUUUUUACAUUAUUUUUGGAGUGUUUUUAAAAUGUAGGCUUAUUACUGAAUUACAUGUGAACUCUUUGUAAUCUAAGUUAAUUGAGCUAUGUCUGAACACUGUAUAAUUUAAACAGGCAAAAAAACAACAGAUCUGAGAUUACUGCUAAGCCAGGGUGGUAUUGUUGCUUGUAGUUUGUGGAUCUCGCUGGUCCAGAACUACAUGGAAUGGAUUACUUUUAACACCCUUGACUGUAAGUAGUCUAUCAGUCUGUCAUUUAACUUUUAACCAGCUUAGCUGCAGUGUGAGUGGGUUCAGACUGGUUCUCCCAGGAUUUAUGCCAGCUGUAAACCAAAUUUAACAUGACCUCUUAAAACAAGCAGAAUGAAUUGUCAAUUCCAAUGAACGCCAGAACCACUUCCAAUAUCACAGUGUUAGUCUACAUGUGGUAGUAUCUAAUGUAGUAGGGCUUAAUUGAGUCAGCAGGGUUUGUUUUUUUGUGAGUGACUUAUUUUAGCCUCACCUGCCUAAUUUACAACAAACCUAAAACCAGAGGCCCUGUUAGCAUCAGCUGGACAUGUGGUUGUGCUUCAGUUAAGAGGUUUCCUUGAGAAGUGUCAUUUUGGGGAAAUACGCUUAUUCACUGUCUUGCUGAAAGUUACACGAGAAGAUUGAUACCAAUCUCAUGUUUGUACAGUAACAAAGAAGCUACAGCCAGCAGCAGGCUAACUUAGUUUAGCUCAAAGACUGGAAACAGCUAGCUUGGGUCUGUCCAAUGGUACCAGCACAUCUAAAUCUCAAGAAUUAACAGGUUAUAUCCUGUUUGUUUAAUCCGUCCAAAAAAGUAAGUGUAAAAACGACACUUGUGUGUUGUUGCUUGGUUGGGAUCAUUUGCCAGGCAACCAGUGGAGAAUCCAGGAAGUUAACUUACUGCUACUUAUUGAUAAGAAAGCGAAUAAGUUUCCCAAAAUGUUGAACUUUUCCUUCUGAACUUUUGUCUGAAAAGAAAGUAUCCUCUAUCUCACUUUAAAAAUGAAUCUAGGCUUUAAAUGAACUACAUUUUGCUCAGCUUAUCUUAUACUUGCCUUCGUAACACCAUACAGUUAUCCUGCACAGUGGCUUCAAACCUCAGUUAAACCAUGUGUACAGCAGGUUUUAGCUGAAUCUCAGUGAAUACAGGUAAGGUUUGAACAAUAACCUAUUGAUUAGACCAUGUGAUUUGUUCCACACAACACAGGUUUAAAAACUUGGUUUUAACUCAAAACUGCAGCUGAGCCAAUGACAGAGCAACAGCCUCCUUCACUGUACCUUUGUUUAUUUUAUUGAUGCAAAUAUGAGCCGAUUUUAGUGCGUGUAUAUUUAUUCUAAAAAAAAAAAAAAAGCCAUUUAUUUUACAUUGGGAUUCUAAAUUAGGCAAUAAUUCAGCUAUCCACAGCAAUCAACACUUUUUUUAUAAUUUGGCCAAAGCAUUGUUCAUAAGUCAUUUUUUCCAUUUAUUAACCAACAUUACAUGUUACCUCUUAUGAGCAUUUAUAAUAAGUGAAUAUGCAAAAGCAUUUUCCAUACAGUGAUUAACAAACGCCACUCAGUUACAAUAAAAACAAAAUCCCACAGUGCAGAAUUAAACUUUUAUCCAGUUUAGACCAUCAGCACACUGAUAAAGUCAUUAAAGAAUGAAGCAACAUAAUGUGUCUCUAUAAUGUUAUUAAAUGAAUAACAAUGA